AUGCUGCAGGACCGAACAUUAUGGCCAUAUCUACUAUGUCGGCUGGGCUGGACAAUGAGUUUUAAUAAUGCUGUUGCUGAUUUAACUGUUGGGCUUAUGAUAGCUACUGCUAGAAGAUUUGGAGAAGCUAGGAAACACAUAGAGAAUGGAACGUGGGGAAGCGGCCCUGCGUGGUUUUUAGGCAGAAAUGUAUCUGAAACUACAGCUGGUAUUGUCGGUUUAGGAGAAAUUGGACAAACUGUUGCAAGAAGAUUGAAAGCAUUCAAUAUGACUAUAAUUUAUACCGGUCACAAAAAGAAACCGGAAGCUGAUGAAUUUGAUGCCGAAUUUGUAACAAUGGAUGAACUAUUAGAACGAAGUGAUUUUGUGAUUGUUAUUUGUCCAUUGACGCCAGAAACUAGGGGCAUGUUUGAUGCAGAAAAAUUUUCCAAAAUGAAAAAAAGUGCCUGCUUCAUCAACGUUAGUCGUGGCG